AUGCUCAAGAGAAAUGCUGAAGGGGGUGCUAAAGGAGAUAAAGCCAAGGUGAAGGACAAACCACAGAGAAGAUCAGCAAGGUUAUCUGCUAAACAUGCUCCUCCAAAGCCAGAGCCCAAGCUUAAAAAGGCCCCUGAAAAGAAGGGAAAGAAGGUACCCAAAGGGAAAAGGGGGAAAGCUGAUGCUGGCAAGGCUGGGAAUAACCCUGCAGAAAAUAGAAAUGUCAUAACAGACCAGGCACAGAAAGCUGAAGGUGAUGGAGAUGCCAAGUGA